GAGAGAGCGAGAGACAGUUAUUACUCACAACCUCACUGUGUUCAUGGUAUCAAGCUCCUGAACAUUUUAACAAAUCUGGAAACUUUGUCUAACAGAAACUACAAAACUUAAAAUUGAUCCUAAAACUGAUUGCUUUUAGCUUUGACUACAGCUGUGAGACUACGAAGACUUCACUAUGAGUAAAUCAAACGACAGCAGCCCCACAUCUUUCACCCUGGAGACGGAUGACAGGACGAAUGAAGAGAGGUCAAAAAAAGUGAAGAAAAAAGAAAAGAUGCCCAUGGACACAUAUUUGCAAGAAGAUGUAGUGGACGACACACCGAAAAUUAAAUUCAACUUAAACUUUGACAAGGGAAUUAGAAAUGUGAAAGAGGAACCAGGACAAGACACUGAGGCCUUUACGGUCAAGAAGCUGUUUGAGGCCGUUUCCAGUGGUGAUGUCUCUAAACUGCAGGGUUUACAUGAGUACCUGCACAAAAGCAUGAAACAUCUCACCGACUCCCAAUAUAAGCCCAAUGGAAAGACAGCCUUGCACAAAGCUCUUUUAAACUUGAAGGAUGGUGAAAAUGACACUAUUGAAUAUCUGCUCGACAUUGCAGAGAAGAUGGGAGAUUUGACGAAUUUCCUCAAUGCUGCAUACACAGACAGUUUCUACAAAGGUCAGACAGCUCUACAUGUUGCCAUUGAAAGGAGGAGUGCAAAGUUUGUACAUAUGCUGGUUAAGAAAGGUGCUGAUGUCCACGCUACGGCCUGUGGGAAAUUCUUUCAGCCCAGUGAAGGGAUGUGCUUCUAUUUUGGUGAGUUGCCGUUGUCACUGGCCGCUUGUACUAAUCAGACAGACAUUGUGGAUUUCCUGAUGGAAAACCCAUAUCAGCCAGUGGAUGUCACUAAAAAGGAUUCGCAUGGAAACAUGGUGCUUCACGCUCUAGUAGCCAUAGCAGAUAACAGCAAGGAGAACACAGAGUUUGUCAUUGCCAUGUAUGACCACAUCUUAAGGAAAGUCGCUCAACUCCACCCUAAAACAAAGCUGGAGGAAAUCGAAAACAAUCAGGGACUAACAUCGAUCAAACUAGCAGCCAAGACCGGAAAAUUUGGGCUGUUUAAGCACAUAGUGCAGCGAGAGUUUAAAGAUUGCAGGCAGCUCUCUCGAAAGAUCACGGAGUGGGCAUAUGGUCCAGUCUGCUCCUCACUUUACGAUCUCGAUUCCCUGGACAGCUACGAGAAGAACUCUGUGCUGGAGAUUGUUGUUUAUGGCAGCGAGAUUCCUAACCGUCUUGAGAUGCUUCAUAUUGAGCCCCUUAAUAAACUCCUUGAAGAGAAGUGGGAGAGAUAUGCUCAACGUAUUUUCUUGGUCAACUUUAUUGUUUAUCUUGCCUACCUUCUCACCUUCACAACAGUAGCUUGUUACCGGCAAGAAGGAAAGCCUCCAUUUAAAUACGACAAGGAAACUCAUCACCUGUUUUUGAUAGGACACAUGAUUAGUGCCAUCGGAGCUCUUUACUUCUUUUUUAGAGGGUUAUUAGAUUUGAUCAGGAAGCGUCAGAGAUUUCAGUGCUUGGUGAUAGACGGAUACGCUGAUCAACUUUUUUUUCUGCAGGCUCUGCUCUUUAUAGUGUGUGCUGUACUGUAUUUUUGUGGUCAAGGGGAAUAUCUGGCCUUUCUGGUUUUGAGUCUUGCUUUGAGCUGGAUAAAUCUACUCUACUUCUCCAGAGGAUCCAAAUUUAUGGGAAUCUACAGUGUCAUGAUACAAAAGAUGAUUCUGGGAGAAAUUCGGAGAUUCGUUGUCGUGUAUAUGGUCUUUCUCAUUGGAUUCACUACAGCUGUGGUAACUCUUCUUCGUGGUAAACCAAAUAAACCUGUUAAUGCUACUGGAGACUGCCUGACACCGGAAUUUGAUAAUGUCUACCGCACCAUUCUGGAGUUGUUCAAGUUUGCCAUUGGCAUGGGAGAUCUGGAGUUCACAGAUCAGUAUGAAUACCAGACAGUCUUCUAUGUGCUGCUGAUCUUGUAUAUAGUGUUGACCUACAUACUGCUGCUAAACAUGCUGAUCGCACUGAUGAAUAAAAGCGUGGAGGAUACACACAAAGAGAGCACCAGUAUCUGGAAACUACAGCGUGCUAUGAGCACCUUGGACAUGGAGUGUUUUUUUCCUCGCUAUCUUAAAGAAAGGCUGCGCUCAGGGGAAGAAAAAGACCUGGGUGAUGGACUGGAAUCUGAUCGACGAUGGUGCUUCAGUGUGGAGGAAGUUAACUGGAACCAAUGGAACAGAAACCUGUCUAUAAUCAAUGAGGAUCCUGGGAGCUUAUGCACGAGUGGACCUUCCCCAUCUAACCCCAAAAGAGAUAUUAGCAGGCUUGGACUCCUCCCAGCUUUCAGUAAGCGGUGGACACAAAGAAUACAAAGAACACAACCCAGUGAUGCACAAGAGCUCAGUCCUCUAGCUGAAGUCUCUACUAGCGCCAUCUGAUGGUCUCACAACAUCAUCACUGUGUGAAAUCUGUAGAAUGCCAGGUUUAAGACUCGUUUCGGGAACAAGCUGUUAAAAAGUAUUUAAUCUAAUGAAUGUGCAAUCAAAUUGUACUAAUUUAAUAGUGGGCGAAACAGGGUAAAUGUUUUUUGUGUUAUUAAAUGUUCAUUUCAGUGGUCUAGGAAUGAAAAGCUUUGAUUGGUUAAAAAUGGACUUUAGUUCUAAAAUAAUAUGGAACAUCUUUUUUUACUUAAAUCCUUUCUCUCACUUUCCCGCAUUUUCCUCACCUAUGUAAGUCGCUUUGGAUAAAAACGUCUGCGAAAUGCCUUAAUGUUAAUGUACAAUCUGCACAAAGCAUAAAUGCUUGUAGGGUCCUUUUUAUUUUUUUGAUGAACAUCAGGAUAUUUUACUGUUUUAUGAAGAUCUUUAUAAUAGUGCAGUAGCCCUUAUAACUUGAUAUGCUUACUUUAAAGUUCCAAUGAAAUCAAAAUGGACAAUUCUUUAAAGUGGAAAUUAAGCAAUUUUAGUAAAUGGACUUCUACUCUAUUAAAAAAUAUAUAACAAAUACUAAGUGCCUAUUUUGACAUGCUAUAAUAAAUUAUUUAUAUGGUAUUUUGAGCUAAAAUUUCACAUACGCACUCUGGGGACACCAGAGACCUAUUUUACAUCUUGUAAACAUGGGCUUGAAAUGUCUCCUUUAAAUUUAAAUAUUGUAAAUAUUGUUAAACAAUUUGUGAUACAAUAAGGCAGAAUAUCAUUUGUGAUAGAGUUUCCAAAACCAAAUUCUCCAAGGCACCCAUUUUGGUCUUUAUAAUUAAAAUGAUCAACACAUAUUACUAGUUUGUAAGGGUUUUGUGUCAUUUAUGUGCACUACCAUAAAUUUGCAAACCAUAAUCUGGUAAAAAUGAAUGAUGUAAACAUUCUUUGAUGUAAACAUUCACUAAUGUGUUGUAAAUCUAUAACACUGCAUACUAUUACAUAAGCUCCCAGUCUAUAACAGAAUGUCAUUUCAUGAGUAUAUUUCAAUAAAAUGCACACAUGUUUGCAA